AUGACACAGCGGUCGCAGACUGCAACGUCGGCCUUGGACGUGGACGGAAUCGUCGAUGCCAUCGUGCACUCCGCGCCGGCGCCCAGCGACAUUAUCAACUUCCUUGGCGCCCUCCCGGCAGACGCGCGGUCGCCAGCGGUUAGCGCGGUCCUCGGCCUCUUAAACCACCCGCGCGGCUUGCAGCACUGGCCGGUCGCCCAUCUCGAUGACGCGUGCAUCGACAAGUGGGAUCUCGUCGGUCCUGCGAUGCCCGCCUUGCGCUCGGUCUCGAUCGCGAACGUACCGACGCGCGCGCGCUGGUUGCAGUUUUGCGAGCACGUGGCCCAUUGCCUGUUCAAGAUCCUCGUGCGGCGGGCGACCGUGGAACCACUCGCUCCAGGCCUCACAAAGGACGAGGUCGCCCACGGUCUGCGGCUGUGUACGUCUCUCCGCGACGUGGGGUUCUCAUCCGACGCUUCGCUGCUCUCGGCGGUCCCGACGCAAGCGCACCAUGUUCGCCAGCUCAAGCUCACAAACGUGGCGCGCCUGCCGACGGACGCCUUGAUGCAGUGGCUCGGGUCGGGUUGUGCUGAAGCCUUGAUCUUGCGCAUCCUCACGGUCACGGGGUUCAACGAGGGGUUCAACGCACUUGUGCAGCGCUUCGUUGAUGGGCGUCUCCCACUGCGCCAGCUCUCGGUGCUCGAGAUCACGUUCCGGAACGCGAUGAGCCCGCGCACGCUGCUUGCAUCGCUCGACCUGUUCAAGAUGGUCACGCUGCACCUCCAAGGCAACCUCAGCUGCGUCGUCGGGGCGCUUUCUGGCACGCCGGUCCUUGAUGAGCUCAACUUUCAGCGCACCGCUCUCUCGAACGCGAUGGACAUGCAACCAGUGGUGCGGGGUCCGUCUGCUGUGCGCCGCGUUCGCUUCCACCGCCGCAGUGUCUCGGAUGCGGGCUUUGACGCGAUGCUUCACAUCAUCUUGCGCCUCGAAAGCAUCGAGUCGACUACGCACUGGGCCAAGGACAUUCAAGACGAUGCCGUGCUGCGCGCGAUGACGACGUUGGGUCACGUGACAGUCACCAAGGGCCUUUCCAGCCCGCGCUUGGCCUCGCCGCGCCGCUAG